AUGAAGCGGCUUUCAUUGCUUUUAUUACUGGUAAUAGGUGCUUAUGCUGAAGAUGAAAGUACUGAUAAGCCAGCGCUUAUGCAACGAUUAGUACAGUCACUUCCACAAAUUCCCAAUGUGAUCAAAGGACAAAUGGAGGGAAAGCCAGAUGAGUUGAAGAAAAUGGUUUCAAACAUGCUGGGGGAUGGUUUGUUGAGUCAGUUGGUUGUAAAUCCGCUUGGAGUUGCUGAAAAUAUGGGCGUCCCACUUCACGACUUGGGAAUUAAUAAGACGGUGCUAGAGAAGAAUAUCAAGCUGGGAGGAGGCAAUGAGACAAACGGAGCUGCCGCUGCUGCUUUCAACUUUUUAGAUGCUUUUACCACCCAGCCACCGACCACCAAAUCGCAGAAAAUGUAUGUUGAUGGUGUCGAAGUGAAGGAUUGGGACAGAUACGCUAGAAAACACAACCUUGAAAACCUCGGAUUCACCACAAUUGCUCCACCAACGACAACCGUUCAAUUGAGCCCUGAAAAAAUUGCCGACGUUGUACUCCAAAGACUGAAAAAUCGCGAACCAGUGGUUGAGGCUCCACGAUCCAACCCAGACAUUUCGAAUUCUUUGGAUAUGAAUUUAAUUGAUCCAAGAAGAGUCGCAGAAGUAAAUUCUUUGCUCAGAAGAGCCCCACAAAGAUUUGAGAACCCACCAGCGCCAAUGAACUCAAUGGGGCCAAUGGAUAUUGGACCGCCGGGAUUCGUUCAAUCGCUGGACCCAGCCAUUGAUGAGGUCGUCACCAACCUUCGCACCAAGGGAGCGUAUGGGCUCAACGUUGAUGAUGUGAAACGCCUCCAGAACAUCCUACAAACCUACGAGCAAACCCUUCAAACUAAAGAACUUCUAUCCAGACGUAAACAGUUGGAAGUUCUUCAGACUGAGCUCACCGAGCAACGCAAAAGAAUUGAAGUACAGAAGAAAAUGGAAGAGGAGUUGAGAAAGAAGGAAAAAGAGCUAGAAGAAGCAAAACAAAAAAUGGAGCAGCAACUUAGAGAGCAGUUGAGCAGCUGGCACAGUUCGUUCGGACCAAGUCAACCAAGAGCUCCAGUGCCACUCUCAGCCGAAUUGCAACUCGAAAACUUGGGUUCCCCACCAGCUCCACCAGCCUCGAUUGCUCAGUCUCCACCAGAAGUUUUGGAGACUACAGCCGAGCCACCAGCGUUCCAAGUGGCUUCCCACGAACGCAAGCUUGCUGAGGAGCGCGAGGACAUUGUUGAGCAACAAAUGAUGCCAGUACCACCACCAACUAAAAUCAGCAGCUCUCUCAGAAAUCAUAUUCGCUAUUCGCCAACACCUGUCGUCACUGAAGCCACUCCAGUGAUUCCACCAAGCACUUCAGUUGAUAGAGAAGAUGAUGAAUUCGUAUCAAAAUGCAAUUGUGAGAAAAUCUCUCUAGACAAAAUGAAUGGAAAAUGGCUCAUGGCUCUUGCCUCACCAAAUGUUGUUGAGAUGGUUCAACACAAGGCCAACGAACUUUUGGACAAAUCUGAAACCCUAUCUUGCUCUCGAUUCGAUGUCUCCGCUGGAAAACAAUCUGUCGCUGCUCAAGAUGCUAGACUAAUCUGGCAAUUCAGAACUCAAGGAGCUCCAAAACUUUUCCGACUUCGCGGAAGCGCACUGACCAUGGAUCAUGAGUCGGUCAGAGUUCAAAUGGCAGACUUCCAAGGGGAUAACUUCAGUUUUCCAUUCUGUGUUUUGAAAUCCGGCGGAACCUCUUCGGCCUACGAGCAUCUUCUUGUUACCAACAGUCAAGGAAACUGCAAGGAUGUUGCUCUUCUGGUCAGAGAUCCACAAGAAUUCUUCGACAACCCGAAUAAGCAGCUCCAGAAGUACCUGAAGACUAGAAUUUCCAAACGAGAAAUGAACUCUCUGAACGUCGUCAAUUUUGGAGACUGUUAA